AUGCUGAGCUUGAACCCCCAUGUACCAGUCCCCCAGCCCUCCUACUCCCAGACCAGGGAGAACCUGGUCAGAGCGAUCCCACACAAACUCCUCUGUCUGCUGGUCUGUGGAGGAAAGGACUGUCGAUACGAAGGACCAGAGUGCUGGAAAUCAAACCAACAAGCCAUUCGAGGCCUUUUCUCUUCCUGGGUGACUGAUGAUAUAGUUGCAACGGCGCGACCUUCUAAUCAACUCAUUAAGAAGUAUGACAUCAUUGAACAAUUUCAAAGGUUAAAGAUCAGGUCAAUCAUCAACAUGCAGUUCCCAGGGGAGCAUGCUCACUGUGGACCUCCUCUAGAGCCUGAGAGCGGUUUCACUUACUCCCCGCAGAUCUUCAUGGACAAUGACAUUUACUUUUACAACUUUGCGAUGCCAGAUUUUGGAGUUACGUCUCUUGUUGGGAUCAUCGAUGGAGUGAAGGUUUUGGACUUUGCAGUGAAGGAAGGACGAGUUGCCGUGCACUGCCACGCAGGCCUGGGAAGGACGGGCGUCCUGAUAGCCUGUUACCUGAUCUACAGCCUGCGCAUCAGCCCCAGCGAGGCCGUCCACUACGUGCGCAUUAAACGGCCUCGUUCUAUCCAAACGCGGGCGCAGAUAAAUCAGGUGUUUGACUUUGCUCGCAUGCUUGGCACGCAGCUGGUUCAGUACCCAGAUCUUAACCUGCGGCACGGAGCUCCUUUCACCCUCCAGCAUUAUUUAAACCGACAAGCACUGCUGCUGCACGGCCAGGAGGCACGCAAACUCAGACACACACCCAAGGUGGUGUACCUGCUGUGUGUGCGCCUCUCCUGUUUGGCUCUGGGGCUGCCUUCUCCUCCGGAGGUCCACGCUGAGAUGGAGAGGAGGUCAGCUCUGAGGACUCUGGGCAGAACUGUGAGGGAGACUCUCGUGUCCAAACAGUAUUUACCUUUGCUGAACGAAGGCUGUAAGGGCUCAUGGGCAGGUUCAGGGUCUGUGUCCUCUUGGGAUGAACCUUUGGGGUCCUUGGAGAGGAAGCAGGAGGUGUUGCUGGUUAAACGCAGCUUUAGUGAAUCUGAUCUCAGUAAGAUCAUAGUGAAUGAGGACCAGGAAGUGAGGUCAUGCUGCACCGCUGCACUUGGGCGUGAGAAACACUGGUGUGCGCAGGAUCUGUUACAAGCUGAUCUGAGACCAGUUAGUCCAGUCUUCAGUUCAGUUUUACCAGUUCAUCUGACAAGCAAAACAAAAUACCAUAUACUGAAAAUCCCAAUGUCUGGCAUGAGGUCAAGCAACAGUUGCACGAAGACGACAAAGUGUUCUGAUAAACAUAGCUCCAACCUGGAGUUGCACAGAAAUCCACAUAAUUGUGGACCAACCUCGAUGGCCCGUCUUGUUGCCAAAGCUCUGGCAGAACAAGGUUCUCCAGGAGAAACCUUUCUGCAGAGGUCAGCACUGCUGCAGGAGGAACUGAACAGUAGUGACUGUGGCUGGUCGCUGCUGGUCACCGAGUCAGACCCUCACGUCCUCUCUUGUCUCUUGUGGACCUGGCUGGAGAAGUUAAAGGACCCUGUUCUGAGUAGUGACGAUGUAGAAAGGUUGAAUCUCGGAGGUAGUGACAGGAAGCCUCUCAGUGUGCUUAAAAGGUCACAGAGACACACCAUCUACUGUCUGCUGAGUUGUGUGAGCACAGUCACCAGGCUGUGUCCUCAUAGAGAGGAUGUAGUGCUCCUACGGCUGAUGUGUGCACUCACAAGGUUCCCUCUAGAGGAAACAGGAAGCCUUGCACCUUUGAUGGAAGUCCUGAAAGUCAGUUUGAGAGAAACCUUCAACAACAGACACCUCACAAGGACCGGCCGUGUCAACCCUACACUGUGAAGAGCUGGUGCUGCGUUUCACACGAGUGCGUGAAAGUGGGCAGAAGAAGCAGGAUACACGUCCCUUCCUCCCGUCCUUGAAGACAUUUUGGGAACUCGUAUCACAAAAAGCAUGUAGAAAAUGUGUGAAUAAAAACAGAAAGUCUGAAUUCCAUUCAUUUGCUUCCAUUGCAUCUUGACA